UCUUCAACAACCACCACAGCCGCCAUGGCAGCGGAAACAACAGCAGGCUCACUUUUUGGGCUCAAUGCACUUUUCGAAAACCCGCUCUUUGCAGGCGGCAUCGGGCUUGCGGGCCUAGGCGCUGCUGCCGCAUUUGCGCGCAAGGGCGCCGUCGCCGCGCUCGGUGCAGCCCGCCGACGACUUUUAGUUAACGUCGAAAUCAGCAAACAAGACCCCGCGUACCCCUGGAUCCUGGCCUGGCUGUCGAAACCGCGAGAAACACCAGGCUUCAUCGCAUCGCGACUUACAAGAGUCCACAACCUGUCCGUCUCGACAACCACAGCAGCCAAGGGGCCAGCAAGCGGCUCCACGAAUGCGCACUUCUUCCUGCAGCCCGGCUACGGACGACACAUCAUAAAAUUCAACAAUGCCUUUAUCGGGGUCAACCGCGAGAAGCACAACACAGCGAAUAUGAACACGGGCGAGCCGCACGAGACGGUGCAGCUCACAACGCUCUGGGCACACCGCCACGUCUUUGAGGAUGUCUUUGCCGAGGCGCAUACGCUAGCGGCCAAGGCAAACGAGGGCAAGACGAUUGUAUAUGCCGCGAGGGGUAUGGAGUGGGCGCCGCUAGGCGAUCCGCGCAAAAAGAGACCCCUCCCGUCUGUCGUCUUGGACGAGGGCGUCAAGGAGGGCAUUGUGGAGGAUGUGCAGGACUUUUUGUCCCGCCAGCAGUGGUAUGUCGACCGCGGAAUCCCGUACCGCAGGGGAUACUUGCUAUUUGGACCUCCAGGUAGCGGCAAGAGUUCGUUUAUCCAGGCGCUAGCAGGCGAGUUGGACUUUGGCGUGGCCAUGGUGAAUUUGAGCGAGAUGGGCAUGACGGACGAUAAGCUGGCGUAUCUGCUGACGAAGCUGCCGAAGCGGAGCAUUUUGUUGCUGGAAGAUGCGGAUGCCGCAUUUGUCAAUCGCAGACAGAGAGACUCGGACGGGUACAACGGUGCGAGCGUAACGUUUUCUGGUCUACUAAAUGCGCUGGACGGUCUUGCGGCAGGUGAGGAGCGCAUUGCGUUCUUGACAACGAACCAUAUUGAUAGACUGGACCCGGCGCUCAUUCGACCUGGCCGUGUUGAUCUGAUGGUCCGUAUUGGCGAGGCGUCCAAGUUCCAGGCGAGCCAGAUGUGGGAUCGCUUCUAUGGGGACGUGGAUGGCGAUCAUGCUGGCCGCACGCGGUUCUUGCAGCGUCUGGAGGAGCUGGGCUUGUUUGGCACACUGCCUGAUGGCAAGCCGUCGGGACUGCAUACGAGUGCAGCAGCUAUUCAGGGUUUGUUCCUGUUUAACAAGAAUGACUUGGAGGGCGCAAUCUCCAUGGCCGAUGGGCUGGUGCCGCAAAAGUUUGAGGCCGAGGACAGCACGCUGGUCAGUGCUGCAAGGGGGAAAUUGUAGAGUGUAUAAUAACUGGGAAAAAGCUCAUGAUACCCGUGUAAGAAUACCAUUUUUAUGUAUAUUAGUAUAGCUGGGGCCGAAAUACAUGCUCAAAUUCGUGAAACAAGAAGACGCGAACUAAGCAAUUGCGCUGCGAUAAUGGAAGCUAUUCUAUUUCUGGCUACAACGCGGUGUACCCAGCUGGACUUUGCGUCCCUGAUAAACAAGAUUCACCUUCAUUCCUAGUGGUGUGCAGACAUUACCGAUAUCGUACCUCGCCCCUUCAGCCCGCCAUUUUGCCAGGCAUUUCUCAAAAUUUGUUUCGUUGAAUGAGCAUUGGCUAUUACUGUACUCAAACAUGUCUUCGCAAGGCGUAUGCUUUUUCGCAAAGAUACUCCAAAACUCUUUGCUGAUGGAACUGUACGUGUAUCUCUUUGCAACCAUGCCGACAGGGGUUGACACUCCGCCAUUACCCGCAACGCAUAGUCGAAGGUUUGUGGGCUAUGUUUGAAAAAGUCGAGUGAUCUCUGGCAUGACUCCCUCUUGCAGCCCUGGAUCAUUUCUUGCGUGCAAGGGAGGACGCACACACACGAGGAAGUGUCACUGCCACCGCACUGAGGUUGUCCAGAUGGGCAAGGAGCGUCAUAACCGAAAUGUGGUACAUAGCCAGGCCGACAGCCGCCGUUGUAUGUACAUUCCGGCGGAGUGACGUCGCGAGCGGCACACACAACGGAUAAGGAGAGGAUAGAAAGAGGAUGUAGAAGAUGCAUCGCUGGGCUGGCAACGUCGGGAAUAGCGACCGAGUUGGGCAUAUUUGAUGCAAACCGGCACUUCAGACCAAGACAAAAUAACACACCGGAUGGACAUUCGCAGAUCACAACUUUAUCUCACCUAAUGACUUCUUCCUCGUUGCGGUCCAGAUGGACUCGUCACGCUCGUAUGGUACCGCAAUGAUGGGCGGUAGAUGGGGAUUGGAACGCCGGCAAGAAAUACAUGGGGAAGACCAAGAGAGGCAUUCGUCAGUCAUGUUUACAAGAGCAUUGAGGUUUGCGGGAAGAACAGUCAGAAUUUGGGUGAUACUUGUUGUCCUGUUCCGAUUAGCAACUGAUACGCGUUGUUGUAACUAGGGGUGAAGGAUGCCGCAGCUCCUCCAUACAAGCCACAUUACCAAGCUUACAAGAACAGCUCCAGGGUGUAUGUAUUGGUGAGAAGUAUGGGAAAAUACAUGCUCAACUAUUUCGAUCGCGGGUGUAACCAAAUAAAUAUUCCAAUGCGCAGUAUGGGGAUGUGGCUUGUAUGAGUAGGCAGAGUGAGUGGAUAUCGCUGCGCGGUGAGCCUAAUCU